AUAGCGCCGACCUACGUGCGCAUCAGCUUGUCACUUUGAGGCCUAGUGCCGCAUGAGCCGCGCGCAUCGCCUGCUGGCAGCUGGAGUCAACGGGGAUCCUUUAGCUUCAGCCUUCACCCACGGAAAAGGCCCGCAACGAGGGGGUCGAGGAUAAAAGAGAGGCCAGACCUGCAUCCUUUGGGUUGAGGGAGCUCAUGCAUAGACAACGGAGACUGCACCACUACCUACAUGUACAUUGUUUGCAAUGGCUGUCGAGAAGAAGUACGACUUUAUCAUUGUGGGAGCCGGUCCUGCGGGUUGCGCACUGGCGCGCAACCUAGCACUGGCGCCCCAGAAACCGUCAGUUCUGCUCUUGGAGGCGGGCGGUGACAAUGCGGACCGAGACCUCCGCAUUGACGGGAAGCGAUGGAUCACGUUCAUGAAGGAGGAAAUGAACUGGGGCUACAAGACAUCCCCGCAAGAGCAAUGCGGAGAUCGCGAGAUUGACUACUCGCGUGGCAAGGGGCUCGGUGGAAGCAGCGCCAUCAACUUUGGCGUCUACACCGUGGGCGCCCGGGACGACUAUGAAGAGUGGGCGCGCCUCACGGGCGAUGACGCCUUCUCCUGGAGCAAGAUGCAGGCAAGAUUCAAGAGACUCGAGUCGUUCCAUGGGGACACGCCCGAUGGCAUCGAGAAGAAGCACGUCGAUCCAAAGCCCGAGGAUCAUGGCACAAACGGCCCUCUGCACGUCGGCUUUGCCAAACAGUGGGAAAAGGACAUUGCGCCUAUGCUGGACACCGUUGCAGAGGCGGGCUUUCCGCUGAACCCAGAUCACAAUUCUGGCAACCCAAUCGGCAUGGCAGCCAUGAUCAACUCGAGCCACAAUGGGCUGCGUUCGACAGCGAAAGAUCUUCUGACAGGCGUCCCCGACAACUUGACGAUCCUGACGGGCUCCCCUGUCAGAAGGCUCCUAUUGGAGGGCAACAGAGCCGUUGGGGUAGAAACCAGAGACAAUAAGUUCUGGGCAUCAAAAGAGGUCAUCUUGUCCGCCGGAGCCCUCAACAACCCCAAGAUUCUCAUGCAUUCUGGCAUAGGCCCGUCCGACCAGUUGACCAAAUACUCCAUCCCUGUGGUCAAGGACGUACCGACCAUCGGUCAAGGCCUGCGCGAUCACAUGUUCUGCCCUCUGGUAUACACCUGCAAAGACGGGCACACCGACCGCGCCGAGUUCUACGGGAACCAGGCAGUCAUGGACGAGGCGCUCGCACAAUGGAAGGCCGAUGGUACUGGUCCUUGGACCAAAUUUGGCUGUGGGGGAUGCAUCGGAUACUUCAAGAUCCCCGGGCUGGCCGAGACCAAGGAAUUCCAAGCGUUGCCGCCGGCAGAGAGGUCGUAUCUCGAAAAGGAGACGGUGCCUCACUACGAGAUGAUCACGCACUUUCCCAUCCACUGGUUCAUGCCCAACUUUCCCUCGGACAGCCUCAACUGCUCCAGCGUCCUGGUGUUCUACGCCAACGCCCAGGCCAGGGGCGAGGUCACGCUGCAGUCGUCGGACCCAGAUGCGCCUCUCCGGUUUGAUCCCAAGUUCUUGGGCACAGAGUUUGACCGCCGCGUGGCCAUUGGUAGUCUUCGUGAAGCUCUCAAGCUCGUCAAGCACGAGUCAUAUGCCAAGGACACCAAGGCGAUGCUCGCAGGGCCUUCGGGAGACUCUGACGAGGAGCUGCUGGCCUACUGGCGUCAGACGAUUUCUUCAAGCUGGCACAUGACCGGCACUGUCAAGAUGGGGAAGAAGGAGGAUGAGGACGCUGCAGUGGACAGUGACUUUAGGUUCAAGGGUAUCGAGGGAUUGAGGGUUGCGGAUAUGAGUGUUGUGCCUGUCUUGGCCAGCUGCCACGUGCAGUCUGUGGCCUAUGUGACGGGCAUCACAUGUGCGGAGAAGCUGAUUGCCCAACACGGCUUGGCGUGAGGGCUUUAGUCGGCAGUCGGUAAUCAAGCUUAAAAUACCAAGUGAAUCAUGCAGGAACCCUCCAAUGAUGGAUCGUUGGUCAGUGUGUGUAAGGGGAGGACCUGCCAGGUACGUUGAGGUCAGCACGAACAUGCCUUGGGAUACGCGUCACUGCCGAGGAAAUACUGUUUCUGUAUGGAAGGGAUUGUCAGAUUGUGGAAUUUGCGAAGCACAUAAAAUAUGAAAUCAAAUUCAAGCA